UGCUGACAUCUACAACAAUGAAGUAAAUAAUUGUUUACAUUUCGAUGAAAUUCAAAAAGAUUUAAACAUUCCAUUGAACAUGGGGCAAGGAAAAAGCCAAUUCACCGAAGAAGAACUGCAAGAUUACGAGGAUUUGACGUAUUUCACAAAGAAGGAGGUGUUGUACGCACAUCAAAAAUUUAAAGCAUUAGCCCCCGAGAAGGUUGGUCAUAAUAAAAAUGCGAAACUUCCUAUAACUAAAAUGCUGCAAUACCCCGAAUUAAGUGCAAAUCCUUUUGGUGAUAGAAUUUGUCAGACUUUCAGUUCUAGUCGAGAUGGUGAUAUGACUUUUGAAGAUUUCUUGGAUAUGAUGUCUGUUUUUAGUACAGGUGCACCUAAAUCUGUUAAAGCUGAACAUGCUUUUAGAAUAUUUGAUUUUGAUGGUGAUGAUAUGUUGGGUACUUCUGAUAUAAAACAAGUUAUUGAAAGACUGAUUGGGGGAAAUAAGCUCAAUGAUAGAGAAAUGGAUCAUUUAAUACAAAACGUUUUAGAAGAGGCGGAUUUAGAUGAUGAUGGUUCAUUAUCUUUUGCUGAAUUUGAACAUAUUAUUGAUAAAAACUCAGAUUUUGCCAACACUUUUAGAAUACGUCUAUAACUUCUGAUUAUUAACAUAAUUGACCACAAUUUGCUCAUUAUUAUUUAAGACAAUUUUUUGAUCCCUUUUAAAUAAUACUGCCAAGGUUUUUGAUAAUUUAUUUUAUUUAAAAAACUUAUCUUUUUAUAUUAAUUCUUAUUAAAUAAAAAUAUU